AUGAAGUACUCUCUCGUCCUCACCGCUCUCCUCUCCACCUCCGUCCUGGCCGCUCCUAACCCCAACCCGGACGGCAUCGACAACAUCAUCUCCGCCGCCGAAGGCAUCGCCACGACGGCCGUGAACGGCGGCGAGAGCAUCGCCUCCAACGUCGUCGACGAAGCCACCUCCCUGUACAACGCGGCCUCGACCGCCGGCGGCGCUGCCGCGUCCCGCAUCACCUCGGAGGCGGGCGAGAUCGCGUCGGACGCGCGCACCUGGGCCACGGACCGGGUGUCUGACGCGCGCAGCCGGGCCUCUGACGCUCGCGACCGCGCCUCCUCGGACCUCGACGAGCUGCGCACUCUGCACGGCACGCACACUAACAGCGACGCCACGGCCACGGCGUCGGGCUCGGAAUCUACCAACACCGGCACCGCCGCUGAGACUGGCUCGUCGGCUACUACCUCGGGUGCGUCGGCCACGGCUUCGACCACGGAUAGCAGCAGCAGCAGCAGCUCCUCGUCGGCUAGCGGAUCGGGCUCCGAGGCCUCUGCUACUUCGACGAACAGCGAGGGCGCGGCUGCUCAGGCCACGCCUGUUGGUUUGGGCGUCGGUAUCGCCGGUAUGGCGGGUGUGUUGGGUGUGAUGGCUGCUCUCUAA